AUGGCGACAACAACAAGAACAACUCUCUGCUUCGUGUUCGUGAUGAUGAGCUUCACGAUUCUAAUGGGACGUCAUUGCUCGGCGAAAAUCUACAAAGUCGGAGACUCCGAGGGAUGGACCGCCAAGGCCGACACAUAUUAUGAUUGGGCUCAGCGUAACGAAUUCGACGUGGGAGAUUCUCUGCUUUUCGAAUACGAUCGCAACGUCAACGACGUCACUCAAGUCUCUAGUGCUUUGGCAUACGAUUCAUGCGACUCUUCUUCUCCUAAAGCCGUUUACAACACAGGAAACGAUACCGUGACUCUCAAGGAACCAGGUUAUCAAUACUUCAUCAGCUCGAAUCAUGCUCAAUGCGUAGCCGGACAGAAACUCGAAGUUCUUGUGGUCCGUUAUGACCCGUCACGUCCGCGCAAGAUCUUUCCUUUUGGAAAGACAUACAAAGUCGGUGACUCCGAGGAAAUUUAA